AUGGCUCGUACCACCCGUUCUCAAGCCCAAGAGCCAACUUCUCAAGGUCAGAAUGAAGGGACAGGCAACGACGUGAUCCCUCAAGGCACUCCGGUGACCAUGGAGGCCAUCAUGCAAGUGCUGGCUACUUUCGGGCAAGCCAACCAACCAAGGAGAAAUGAAACACAGGAGCAUGGAAAGAUCUAUGAAUUUAAGAAGCUGUCCCCACCAUCAUUUGCUGGCACUACUGAUCCCCUUGAAGCUAAGAAAUGGUUGACUGAGAUUCAGAAAGCCUUCUCAGUCAUGGAGUGCACUGAUGGGGAGAAGGUUAAAUAUGCGAUAUACAUGCUCCAGGGAGAUGCAUAUGAUUGGUGGCUGAUGGUUCAAUGCCAACAUGAGAAAGACACUAACCCCUUCACCUGGAAGAUGUUUACCAAGGCUUUUGAUGACAAAAAGGUGAGACGUUUUGAGGAAGGACUCAAGCCUCAAAUUAAACAAGCAGUGAUUCCAUUUGAGCUUCCUACUUACCGGGAGGUGGUCAACAAGUCUCUUCUGGUGGAAAGGGCAAACCUCAUGUGCAAAGAGGAGAUCAGAGUUCAACUGAGUGGCCAGAAAUACAAGGAUGGGAACUCUAAGGGCUGGAACAAUAAUGGGAAGAAGAGGAGAAAUGACCUAGGGAAACAUCAAGGUCACCAACAGAAUAAGCAGCCCAGGAGGACCUGUCCGAAAUGCGGCAAGGAGCACCUUGGUGAAUGCCUUCAUGGCAAAGGUGUGUGUUAUAAGUGUGGGAAGCUAGGGCAUUUUGCCAAUGAUUGCAAGGGUGUAUGCUACAAUUGCGGGAAACCGGGACACAUAGCUAAGAACCGCAAGGAAGAAAAGAAGACUACUACAGCACGAGUCUAUACCAUAUCCAAGAAAGAGGCUGAAGAUUCAACAACUAUAGUGUCAGAUCUCAUAGCAUUAGAUAUCCAUGAUUUUGAUGUCAUAUUGGGGAUGGAUUGGCUAUCACGGUAUCAUGCUACAAUUGACGUCCAUAAGAAGAAAGUGGUGUUUGAGCCCCCAAAUGAACCUCGUUUCUGCUUUGUUGGAGCUGAGGUGAAGCCUUCAAUUCCAAUAAUAACAACAAUGAAAGCUCGCAAACUGGUGAAUAAGGGUUGUAUGGCCUACUUAGCUGCAAUAAUUGAGAUGCCCAAGUCAGAACUUUCUAUUGAACAAAUUCCAAUAGUCCAAGAAUAUCAGGAUGUGUUCCCAGAUGACCUUUAUAGUCUACCACCUGAAAGGGAGAUUGAAUUCGCCAUUGAUUUAGUGCCUGGAACAGCCCCAAUAUCCAAGGCACCGUAUCGUAGGCUCCUACUGGACUUAAUGAGCUUAAGGAGCAGCUACAGGAUCUCAUGGAUAAGGGUUUUGUUCGACCUAGUUUUUCACCAUGGGGUGCUCUUGUGUUAUUCAUGA